AAGGGUCUGAAUUAACUGCUGGGAAUGUAGACUUAGCUCCUGAAGGGAAGCAAACUUUCCAGUGUUUCUUUUGGAAUCUCCAUUUAAAAUAAGCCCCCCACUCAUUUUGUUCGGUUGUAUAACUCCUUUUCAGUUUAUGCAUGCAAGUAACCUCAGUUUGGACUAUCAGAAGUGCCCCAUGUUGGCCAAUAAGGCUUUAAAUCAUCGUGGGGAAUGCGAGUCUAACAGGCAAACAUUUUUCAGCAAGAAGAGCCGUCUUCCUUACACAUAAAUCCUGCAGGAGCUCUGGCAGGGGGCUGGUUAUCAAGAGUCCCCUUAGGAGAAUGAUCUCCCCAAACAGAGUAUUCAUCAACAAGCUGAAACCCAACUCUUCCACUCAAAAUGAGUGAAAACAGAAUCCUCUCUUCAGAAAUGAGAGAGGACAGAAGCCAGCAGCAGAGGACACCCAAACAAGGGAGGUUUGGGCCCAGGAGGACUUACCACCAAGAACAAGGUUGCCAGGGGAGACGGUGGAAAACAAUGGCAUCCUGCAGGUACUUCACAGGUGCCCACUGCGGCUUGGAACAGAAGGCAGUUGCUCCGGACCCCACUUCUCUGACACCAUGGCAUGUCAACGGAUCUCAGACUGUGUCUGUAAAAACAAGCAAUGCAUUUAUUUGGGGUCUUGGGGAUUGCGGUUUGGAAGAUAGAUUUGAGAGGGAUCAAACAACUGGGGGAAGAAAUUAGGAGUUUCUAAAGGCAAAAACCACAAGUUGUUUUAAAAGAAUAAUGAUUGAUUCUGACAACAUGUGAGCUAUCUGAUACAUAGAAAUGUUCCAGAAAUGGUUCUGUGGUUAAGGCCCAGGUUCUAGAGUUCAGUCUCCAUCCAGGGGCAGACAUGCACAAACUCCGUUUUCCUAAAGAUCUCCCAGCUCCCUUUUGGGACCCCCAGCAAUUCUCCAAGUCCAUCUCAGGACUCCCUGUUCACACUCAUCUCAACAUGGAGCUUUCCCAGGACUAAAUGAACUGUGUCUGGGGAUAAAUUUGCUUUGCAGGAGCGGCUGGAGAACCCCCACUCUAUGACGUGUAUCGGGAGGGUCGGACAGUUUCCAGUGAAAGGUAGAAAGAAACAGGGACUUGGCAGACAGCACCAACAGGAGCCUCACCCCCAGUUUCAGCACUUUUCUCGUCUCCCUGUUAUCACAGACACCCUGAGCACAGAAAGUGACGUGGGCCAGGAUGAGGGAUGCCAAACCUGGUGCCGUGGGCGCCUCCAGAACUGGACAGGGCCCUGAGCAGCUACGAGAGUCACGUCUGCUGAGUAAGGACACUUUAGACGACUACCGUAGAGGCAUUAAAAAUACUGUCAUUAAGGCCUAACGUGUUCUGUCUGAAGUCUCAAGAUGCUAGCACAUACACUUUCUUCGUUCUAAUGAACAAGGAAGAGGUUACAAGCUCUUACUGCCAUUGGCCAUUCUCAGGAAGGGUAUGCAAAAAACAAAGCAGAGAAGAACUGGUAAAACACAGCCUCUCAGACAACAGUGGCAGAUUUGGGUCAAAACUCCAGCUUGGAGAGAUGCAGAAUUUUAUGCCACGAAAGGGAAGCUUUCUAUUUCCAGAUGAGCAAACGAAGGCACAGAUCUGGGGCAAGAGUGUGGCAAGGUCCCACAGCCAACUUCCCCAGGCCUCCCUGGCUCCAGGGUCCGCGGACCCUACGUGCCUGGCACUCCACACUCCCAGCUCUGCACAAGGCCACACGGAGCCUGAGACAAGAGUUAGCACAUCGGUGAAACUGCUUUUCCUCGGCCUCUUCUCAGUUUCCAGACAGACCAAAGAAAGCAAUCCUGGUUUUGUUUUCCCCAAGCAGGAACUCUGCUCACUAGUUUCACUUUCCACUUUCAGUUUCUAUCUCGGUUUCCAGUCUAAAUUGUCAACAACACGCCCACAGGUUACGUCAUGAACUGUUCAUCUUUCUUAUAUUGCCCAGGAUGUGGCUCACAUCCUGAAAACCCAGUCUCCUGGCUGGAUCUCAGAAGAGCCCACAGCUAAACGAGGCCCUGCAGAACUGGCAGCCAUGAGUAAGAACGCUGAUGAGGUCAAAGGUAAGCUGCUUCAGCUGAGAUGCCACUUCACCUGGGAGCUGCUAGUUGAAGACACUGAGAUGCCCGAUUUAGAGAACAGGAUCUUGGAUGAGAUUGAGUUCCUAGACACCAAAUACAACGCGGGCAUACACAACCUGCUGGCCUACGUCCGACACCUGAAAGGCCAGACUCGGGAGGCCCUGGAGAGCCUGAAGGAAGCCGAAGACCUGAUCCAGCAGGAACACGGCGACCGAUCGGCUGUGAGAAGCCUGGUCAUCUGGGGCAACUACGCCUGGCUGUAUCACCACAUGGGCAGGCUGGCGGAGGCCCAGACUUACCUGGACAGGGUGGCGAACACUUGUGAGAAGUUUGCAGCCCCCUCCUGCUACAGGCUGGACUGUCCUCAGAUGGACUGUGAGGAAGGGUGGGCCUUGCUGAAGUGUGGAGGAAAGAACUACGAGCGGGCCAAGGCCUGCUUCGAAAAGGCUCUGGCAGCGGAGCCUGCGAACCCUGAAUUCAGCACCGGGUAUGCAAUCACCAUCUAUCGCCUGGACGGCUUCAACAAAGCGACCCAGGUCAGCGACGCAUUUUGUCUGCAGCCUCUAAAAGAGGCCAUCAGGCUAAACCCAGAAGACGCGUAUAUCAAGGCUCUGCUCGCCCUGAAGCUUCAGGACGUGGGCCAAGAAGCCGAAGGAGAAAAGUACGUCGAAGAGGCACUGACCAACAUGUCCUCGCAGACCUACGUCUUUCGAUACGCGGCCAAGUUUUACCGCAGGAAAGGCGCUCUGGAUAAAGCUCUUCAGCUCUUAAAGAGGGCCCUGCGGGCCACGCCCUCCUCCGCUUUCCUGCAUCACCAGAUGGGGCUUUGUUACAAGGCACGCAUGAUCCAGAUCAAGAGAGCGGCAAACUGGCAGCCCAGAGGACAGGAUAGAGACAAUGUCGACAAAAUGGUAAGGUUAGCCAUAGCUCAUUUUCAAUUUGCUCUGGAACAAAAGCCCACAUUUGAUGUUGCUUAUAUACACCUGGCCGGUAUGUACAUAGAAGCUGGCAACCACAGAAAAGCUGAAGACAUUUACCAAAAAUUGUUAUGUCUGACGUCCCUCGACGAAGAAAAACAGCAAAAGGGACAUUUCCACUAUGGUCAAUUUCAGGAAUUUCAAAAGAAAUCUGAAGUCAAUGCAAUUAUCCAUUAUUUAAAAGCACUAAAAACAGAAAAGGUGUCACUGACAAGAGAUAAAUGUAUUAAUUCUUUGGAGAAACUGACUUUAAGAAGACUUUCCAGAAACGCAUCAGACAUAGAAAGCUUGAGCAUUCUUGGGUUUAUCUACAAAGUCAAAGGCGAAAUGAACAAAGCCCUGGAGUACUAUGAGCAGGCCCUGCGGCUGGCUGUGGACUCUGGGAACUCUGGUACCUGAUCCUGGGUGUGGAAAUAUGAACCACUUUCACGUUUUAUUUGAUUUUAGGUAAACAUGUUAACUCUAACCAUUGUUUCUGCUUGCUACUUUCAGAAACAUAUUAAGCAAUCCACUGCAGUGAUGCAAGUUUUUAACCAUUACCCAAACCUGGUAAAAUAUUGGUUCUAUUCAGAAAAUACUGAAACAGAAUAUAUACAUCUCUGUUACGUGAGAGAGGAACCAUUUCUCUGUGAAUGAUAUAUAGUCGAAAAACCAUUUGUCGAGUAGAUUCGUAGCAAAUAAAGGCCUGGAUUUACAUAAAA